GCCGUCAUUAGAGCUUUAGAAACUUGCCCUGACCGUGAACUUCCAUUAGAAAUAAAGACUGAUAGCAAAUAUACUAUAAAUGCAUGUGAAUCGUGGAUUCCUAAAUGGAUUAAAAAUAAUUGGAAGAGUGUACGUGGAGAACCGGUUAAAAAUAAAGAUUUAUUUAUUCGUUUGAUAGAAUUAAUUGGGUCAAGAGCUGGAGAAGUCUCUUUCACUCACGUUCCGGGGCAUGUUGGAAUUCCAGGUAACGAAGCGGCUGAUCGAUUGGCUAAUCUAGGUGCGUUAAAAGAGAAUGUUAAAACCGACUAUUUCGUCCACGGAGGCUGA